AUGACACCUAUCGUACCGUCUCGUCCUAGCAAUCCUCAGCGCAAUUCAUCUAACAUCUCUCAGUCCUCUUCUUUUCGGUCACUCUUCACGCAACCUAAUAAACAAAUAAGACCGUCUACUCCAAAAGUGCACGAUAAUCAUAUACUACCAGUGAAAGACUUUCCACCACAGACCGAGAGAAGAAGAUCAUCCUUACCUGACGCAGAUGUGCCUGAAUUAGAAUUGGAACCUGUUUCAUCGACAACAGGGGUCGAUCAAUUCACCAAUAGCAAUAAUAUUGGAACCAAACAAAUUUCGAGAGAUUCUUCACUCAACCAUAAAAGAUCACAUUCGCUCAGAAGGAAGCCUGUUCCAUCGUUACUUGUCGCUUCAUCAUCAUCCUCAUCAUCGCACAACCAAGUUCUGCCUCCUGAUCAUCCUUUUGCCACUGCACACAAAAAACAUGACAGUGGCUCCAGCUCCAAAAACACGUCCAUGUCUGGGAGAACCACUCCCGUGAGUGGAAGGAAUACACCUACAAUCGCCAACGUACAUUCUCCAGACAGGGGAAUGGGCAGGACCCCUCCUCCACCCAAAAGGAUUGCUGGUCAAGCAAAAACAAACGAGGAAAAACUGGUCAUUAGCAAAAAGAAUAAUAGACCCGAUACUGCUGGUACAUUCGGAGGUAGAAAGUCUGUAGAAGCAGAAAGGGACAACCAAAGGCCAAUUUCCGGGCUUGUAGAUAAGGAAGACGCCUUGCAUGCUCGUAUGAUCUCUCUUUCAUUGGAUCGUUCACUCCCUCCCAGCCCCUUAGACAUGGGACAUAACUCUUUAGAUCAAACACCCAUGCCUUUCGGCAUGGUGACUCCGAAACCCGUUCUGUCGACCGUUGAUAUCAAUACCUCACGCAGUGGUAACCCUGGAGAUAGCACAAGUUCUUCGAAGAGAAAAAAGCAGUCACUUGCCAUUCCAGGAUCUGCGCCCAUGAUGACAGGUGGAGGAUCGUCAGGCUCGAAAUCCCGUUCUAAGAUAUUUCCCAGGUGGGACAGUACUGAAAAAGUGAAAGCUGAACCUUCCAAAAACACCAAAAUCACCAAUGAAGAGGAAUUUAGCAUUGAUCGCCUACCAUCCAAAAAGGCAUUAUGGGAAGCUGGAACUUGUUUCUUGCGAGAUGAAAAUGGGGACUUGAAAUGCUUCGGUGAUUUCUUCCCACGCCUUCCUGUAGAUGCGACAACCAUUAUCGACGAUCAUCAAUCCAAUGGCAAGGGACCGAGCUCAAUCUUAUCCGAAGCUAUGGAGAAGUCGGCUUCGUAUGCGGGAUCUAUUAGCACCAACGCAACCUCAUCGAGGAAAAUAGUUAAGACUGUUGUCUUCUUUAUCAGGCACUUCUGGUGUGGUCAAUGUCAAGAUUACACUUUCGCUUCAUUAUCGCUUCUUGAUCCUGUGGCUUUGGAGAGAGCCGGAAUACGUGUUAUCAUUAUCUCAAACGGAAGUUGGAAGAUCAUCAAGGCUUACAAGAAGCUUUUUAAUUGCCCUUUCCCGAUUUACGUGGAUGGCCCGAGGCGGCUUUAUCAACUGAUGGGCAUGACCAAGAUGACCAAUGAUUUUGGGCCCAUGUUCAAAGGGCGUGCUACAUACCACCAACGUCCUGUACCCACGCAGUUAUUACAUGGUCUAGGCAACGCAUUCUUCCGUAUGCCUCUUGCCAAUCCUGGCACCCUUACACAACUGGGGGGAGAAUUCAUCUUAACACCGGGAUGGGAAUGCGAGUUUGCACAUCGUAUGACUACGACUUCAGAUCACAUGGAAGCGCCAGAAGUCCUUCGUCUAGCGGGCUGCACUCACCCCACCAAGUCCGAUCUUGUUGAACUCGAAUUGGCGGAUUCGCAGAAAUCAGAAUUACAAAGGCUGGAAAGGGAAAUGAAAGAAUGGCAAGAAGGAAAAACGGCUGAAAUCGAACGAAUUCGCCAAAAGAAAGAAGCUAGACGAGGUGUUGCUUAUUCUCCUUCUGACCAGGAUCCAGAUUUCUUGAUGAGCCAAACUCACGAUGAACAAACUGCUGAACUGCCGUUAUCAGAAUCUAUCAGUCAAGCUCUGAACGCGCUUGGGGAUAUGACUAUAACAGGCGAUGAUGCUAGUAAAUCAGAAUUCGAUGCAAGAUUGCAAGGAGUCCUACGUGAACAAGAGGUGAAGGAAAAGGAAAAGUUAGCCGCUGGAGAAUUGAUGUUGGUGAGGGGCAAGGGAGAUUUAGAGGUCGGCAUGGAGUCGCAAAUUGUAUAG